AUGCAUUUCCCAUCUUUUGCCAUUUCCAUUUCGGCGAUGCUCUCAUGUGCAGACGGCCUUGAAGUUAUGUUUGAAGCCAACAGCCCGCUGCCUAUUCUCCGGUUGCCCUAUGGGGCAUGGAGAGCUGCUACCUACAACAAUGCAUCCGAUAUCUUUGUUUUUCGAAAUAUUCGUUAUGCUGCGAACCCGACUGGCGCUCUACGGUGGGCGAAGCCGGCGGUGCCAGAGUACAUUGAUACUCUACAGGAUGGUACAUACGGACACAACUGUGUUCAAGUGAUUCCGCCUCCCCCAUUUGAUACAUCUCCUAUAUACAAACAUCUAAUAGCGAAUGCUGCAGAGGACUGCCUCUUCCUCGAUGUUUAUGUUCCUGGGAAGGCGCUACGCGAUACUAACUUGCAACUCCCUGUUAUAACAUGGAUCCACGGAGGCGGUUUUGUCUCUGGAUCCAAGGAUGAGUUUCCUGGUGUAUUUAACGGAACAAAUCUGGUUCAAAGAGCUCACAAUAAUGCUAUUGUCGUAGCUAUUAAUUAUCGUCUAGGUGGAUUUGGGUUUCUCACAGGCAGGACCGUCGAAAUCGAAGCAACACCAAACGCGGGUCUCCAUGAUCAGCGGGCAGCACUUGCAUGGAUACAAUCAUAUGUCUCACUUUUAGGAGGAGACCCUGCUGAUGUGUCUGUCUGGGGAGAAUCUGGUGGCGCUUCAUCCAUCCUCUAUCAUCUUGUGGCAGGGGGAGGGAAACUGGAUCCUCUGUUCCACAAAGCUGUGGUUCUCAGCCCAGCCUCUGGUCAAAGCGUUGACCGUAUGGGAUUCUUGGAACGCAAAUUUGAGUCAUUUGCGUCUUUUGCUGGCUGUGGAAAGAGCGUUACCAUGGACAGUAUAACAUGUUUAAGAAGCGCAAACUUAUCUGCCUUGACGGAAGCCAAUAUACAAGCCUUCCCGGGUGCAACGCCAGCACCGGAUGGAAGUUUCAUUCACCGGAAUCCCAUCCUUGAAUUUGAACAAGGGAACUUUUGGAAGGGGCUAAAGCUGCUAAUCGUGUCUCAUGUUGCCAAUGAGGGACAAUUAUUCAGCCCACACCCAUCGCCAACCAACUUCAUCAAUGAUACUCUGGCACGGUACUUCCCAUCAUAUGCGCAAGAUCAACUAUCGUUGCUCAACACGUAUUACAUCGAUCGGUAUAAUGAUAAUAAGACUCGAAGAGUUGAAUCUUUUAUGCGCGACCUCAACGUUGGUUGUAAUAUCCGCGCCGUCGUGGAGGCAUACGCGCAAAUUACCCGAAUACUACAAUACAGUGCCACCCCUGGCACGCAUGGUAGUGACAUGACGGCACUGUGGUAUGAUGCAGCAUCUUGCAAUAUUACCAACCCAAUAUGGGCAACCUAUCAGCGCUAUAUUCUAGCUUAUGGUCUACUAGGAGACCUGGCAGCCGAACCCCAUAAACCAAGUCUGCUGGUAUGGCCGAAGGUCGCGGGUGUAAAAGCGGAAGAAUUUCAAAAUUUGAUGGAUGUAUCCGAUGCGGGCUUCAGGUUAACUAAUGAUCACCAGAUUUUGCAGAGCACCUUUGAACUCUGGAAAAAUGCUCUUUGGGAAACUACACUACGCGGUGGAUAUUAG